AUGAAAGUUUUGGUAGUUCUUGCUGUAAUUGUUGCCUGCGCAUGCGCUGCUCCUCAACGCGGUCUUGGUGGUGGCGCCGGUGCUAGCGCUGGAGCUGAUGCUAGUGCUGCCGUUGUUGGUGGUGGUGGCAAGGGAGGUGUUGGUGGCGGUCUCGGUGGUCGUCCAGGUGGUUUUGGUGGUCCUGGAGCUGGUUUCGGUGGUGUUGGUGGCAACCGUGGCGGUAUCGGUGGUGGUGUCGGCGGUGGUUCUGCCUCAGCCUCUGCCACUUCUUCGGCCACAGCUUCCGGUCUUGGUGGCGGAAAUGCCAAUGCCAAUUCAAAUGCCAAUGCUGUUGCUAGUGGAGCCGGCAAAGCCAGUGCCAAUGCUAGUGCUAAUGCCAGCGCAGGCUCCGGUGUUCGCGGUUAG